AUGAGUCAAUUUACUAUGCAGAAGAAGACCUUUACCGUGGUGCACAUGGGUCGGGCGGCGGGGCUCACGUUAGACUGGUCGUCGGGGUUUUCUCUCAGCGAGGGUACUCCAGGAGCGCCUCCUGUAUGGUCCUACAGGUUCUCCCAGUUGCGGGGCUCCAGUGACGACGGGAAGUCAAAACUAAAACUACACUUCCAGGACACUGACACUAAAGUUAUUGAGACCAAGGAGUUGGAGUGUCAAAUCCUUCAGAGCCUGUUGUUCUGUAUGCACGCCUUCCUCACGGCCAAGGUGGCGUCCGUGGACCCGGCCUUCCUCGCCUCCAUACAACACGCCACUUAG